AUGGAGUCAGACGAUACAGUGAAUGAAAACUUAAGGCUGCAGUUUAGGGCACUACAGGAGCAGCAGCAGAAACGUCUACAGAGGCUGAUGGAGAUAAAGAAAGAGAAACAGGAGCAAACACGAAAGGAAGAUAGUCCUAAAAAGGUGGAGACUUUUGGAAUUCAGGAUGAGCUGAAUCUGUUUAAUAUGCAAGAAGAGACUUCAGAUAAUAUUGGCCAAAGGCUUCUCAAAGAUGAAAAUGAGCAGCUUCACGAUCAGUUGCGAGAAAUCAGAGAUGAAAAUGCAAGAUUGCACAAACUUCUACAAGAGAAAGAGUUUGAGAUCAAACACCUCCGAAAGAAAAUUGAAGCAGACAAACUAGCAAUAGCAGGAACGGCAGGUUUAACUGGCGAUAUUGCAGCCACUAAAAUUGUUGAGCUGUCCAAAAGGAAUCGUGAACUUACUGCUGAAUUAGAGAGUGAAAAGAGCAAAGUUAAGCAACAGAAUAAAAAAUUUAAAGAGAUGGAAAAAGAGCUUGAGAUUGCAAUCACAAAGCUUCAGUCUUACAGUGGCAGAGACACGAGAAAUGGUCACACAACGAGCAGGAUGGUGGAUGUCCCUGCGACAGAAAGUCCAGAGGUUAAAGCCUUACAAGAGAAACUAUCUGCAGCCAAUUUAAAACUGACAGAAUAUCGCAACCAAAUCCAGGCCACAAAACAGGAGUUAAAAAUAGCUCACAAGGUCUUAGCAAGUGAAAUUGGUGAAGAUGUGAACAUAUCCCAGCUGGCUGUGACAUCGGGAAGCUGGCGCGGGCGCUCACAACAGAUCCUUGGUCUGCAAGGCAGGAUACGUGAGCUAGAAAAUCAAUUGGGCCAAAUAAAAAGUCCAGUCUCUGAGCUCAGUUUAGAAGAGGAGAUGAUGGGCAUUUCUGCGCCCAGGAGAUUUGCGGCUCAAGAAAAGAAUCUACUUCGUAUCCGCACCUUAGAAAAAGAGAAGAAGGAAUCCUUUGAGAAGCUGACAAGUGAACAUGAGGCUCUCAAAAAGAACCAUGAAGAGCUUAAAAACAAGUUGGAUGCCUCGAAAGCCAGAAACAAAGUGCUCGCCAAUGACCUAAAAACAAUGAAAAUGCAAAUUGGUACCCUGGUAGAAAAAGGAAAACAUGAUGAUGAGCUGAUUGACGCCUUGUUGAGCCAACAAAAAAACCUGCAGGAGAUCUUGAGCCACUUUAGUCUACAAGACCAAAAGAAUAAAGAAUCUCAGCAGCAUUUGAAUCUCCAUUUAAACAGUGAAACGCAGAAACAGAACUCUCUGGUUGGCCAGCUGAAACAAAUGGUGACUGAGAAAGAGGCUAAAGUGAAAGAACUGGAGGACGAGAUUAACCAACUGACACUUAAGACUUAUGUAAAAAAACAUCCAAAUGAAGCACCAGAAGAAAAAGAUGCUUUAAAACGAGAAGAACUGGGUCCACUCAGAUCACCAUCACGUAGUGGGGAAUAUCUUGGUAGGCUUGGGUCAGGCAGAAGGACCAUUUCUAAACUGGGACAUGAAUUGGUUGAGCCGACCUCUGCUCAGUGUUCAUUCGGAAAUACUGCUGUUUCCCCUAAUAGUGCAGAGCUUCAUAUGUUGCAGUCACAGAUCACGGAGACCCGAGCGCUGUACCAGGCAGCUGAGGUGGAGAGGGACAGACUAAUGGAGCUGGUUUCUGUCUUGCAGAAGAGGGUGGAAGAAAGCAAUGCGAAAGUCCUGAGCGCAGAGAAGAGAUUGCAAGAGGAGCGGAGGCACUCGGUACGUUUAGAACAGCAGCUGGAGAAGAGUAAAUUAGAUACGGUGAAGACUGCAGGAACACAAAAGCUGUCGGCACGUGGAAAGGCUGGACAGUCGCUGACUAACUCCAGACACCUGCUGAGCUUCAGUGAGAGGAGAGAGCUGUCCUCAGAUGUUCCCCUGGAGACACAGAUUGAGGAGCUCAAUACAAAACUUGCUAUACAGUUGGAUGAAAAUGAAGCUUUGAAAACUGCCCUCAAAAGCACUCUCAGGACAAAGGAGGAUGAUCUCAAGCUGUACCAAGAGAUGAUGGGAGAAGUAAAGCAGAUCUUCCUGCAAGCUCUGCGGCAACACAAGCAAGAAAGGAACGCCCAAUAGCCCAUACGGACAGUGCUUAUAGUCCGCUUGGCACCUCUACCCAGCAAUCAGUGACAUAUGUGUGCUUGUCAUGCAAACCGAGAUGCAAAUUUCAGUUCCAUAACUAAAUAAUAUCCAAGGGCUACACACAUCAGUGCAAUAAUCCUGGUACAGGCACUAAUAUAAGGUUAUUUAUUUAAUUAAAGCAGGUUUCUGUUCA